AUGUCAGAAUAAUAGAAAUACAUUGGAAAUAUCUUAUCAAGAACCAAGUCCUUAAUCACCACAAAUUACUAAAAACUUCCAUUAAAAGCACCCAAAUUUGUAGAGAACAUCGUUGUCUAUGCAGAUAAAGUAACUGAACCCUUUGUUUAAAAAGUGACAGACACUGUCGAUGAUAACAUAAAUAGAAGUUUCCAGAUAGUUCAAUCAUAUGAAAAAACUUUCAACAUAGCAGAACAAGGAUAGAAACUCAAGUAAAAGGGAAAAGAACUUACUGAUCAAUUAAGAGAGAACUCAAAGAAGGCAAUUGAUUCAGGAGUUGAUUUGGCCAAAAACAAUGGCGCGACUUAAUUUGUGUUACACACCUGUGACAAUGUGGCUAAUAAAUUCUUGACUUCAAUUGAAGGCAAUAUCGUCAGAUUGUAGAAGGCUGUUUUGAAAGAAGCUAAGGCCACAAACUCAGAGUAAACCUAUAAUCAAAGAACAGUUCAAUUAGCUCAUAAUCUUACAGAAAUAACUCAAGGACUCUUUACUUUACUUAAGAAUGAGAUUCACACAUUUGGAGGAUAAAAGGUUCAACAAUUGAAGGUCUUUGUUACACUCAAUUUUAAAUAACAUUUGAAUGCCACUCUUUUCACUUAUAAAGUAAUAGUCGUCUCACCCAUCUCAAGUCUUUAUACAACUUCUUUGGAGGAACUCAAGUCUAGGUUAAAUGUUUUGAGAGAGAAAUACAACAACAAGGAAUUAAUCAAACACUUAUAAGAAUAAUUAAUAGCAUUGAAAACAUUUAUUGAAGCUCAAAAGUUUGAAGAAUUUAAAGCACUCCUCAUUACAGCAUUGAAAUAGUUGAACAUCCUUACAAUUCUUAAGUCCUAAUACUAAAAAACAAUUCAAACAUAUCAAAGUAGUUUGGUUGAUUAAAGAAAAGAAGUAGAAGAGGAGAAGCAACCUGAGGAAGUAACUGAGGAAACUUAAACUAGAGAAUGAAAUUAGAUUGAGUAUUAAUGUUAUUAACGGUG